AUGGAAAUCGGAGAAAAUGGCCGCUUCAAGCGUCCCAAGUGGCCCAAACGCCUCGAAAUUUGCCAAAGACAAAACUUCGAAGAAAAUUAUUUUUAUUGUUGUCUUUAUGAAGGCAGCAAAAGGUGGCAGCACUUUAUGCUGUUUUGCGUUGUUGCUUUCGUCCUGUGCAUCUGCAUGUUUCCUGCGUGGCCGCUGAAGCUGAAGAUUGGGGUUUGGUACAUAGCGGUUGUAUUCCUGACGAUACUG